ACCAACCGCCCGCACGAAGGCGGUCCACCACCAAUACCCCCUCUAGUUGCCCGCACGAAGGGCACCCCCAACACCUCACACCUCCCACCCCCCACCUUAGCCAUGGAACCUCUGUGGUCAUACAAAGAGUUGUCAGGGGUUACUCAUGUAUCAGAGACAGUCCUACGCAGAGAAGUGGACCUUCACCUUGUGGGGGAUGAUUGUCUUAACAUGGAUACAAACCCUACACAACUACAACAAUGCUUGUACGCAGUAUACAUCCUAAUUGACAUGCGUUACGAGAUGGCUGGAAGGGAGCGAGAGCUAUUGCUUGCCUACGCAGAGCACGGGCACUAUCCUGGAGGGAAGGCGAAUUGUACGCAGGCUGAGAAGCUAGGGGAUAUUAUAAAUGGGAGAGGUAUUAAGGGUCAGCUCUGGGAAAGGAAGUGGGAGAGCAAGGAGGAGGGGAAGAAGAAGGAGUUGCCUGAAACGUUGGCUAUCUGGCCUGUGCGUUAG